AGUUAUCAGCUUAACUCUUUCUCUCUAUGGGCAUGAGCUGGUUCCUGGCUCCCCCUGCCCAUCUGCCAGUUGGUCAUUCUUCCUUACAGGGGCCAGUAGAUUCACUCUCUCUCUGGGCAGCGGCGCCUGCACAAGAGCCAUGUCAAGCUAAGCCCUAAGCACAGCGUCAGCAGGACAAUUAUACCUUUUACAGACAAUAGUGGCUCAGAGCCAAGUAUGAACUUACACAAACAGGUUAUAUAACAAGUGGAGGUGUGUGCCUGCAUGCCAAACUCCCUGAGUCAUGCAGGCCUGGAUGUCCACCUUGGCCUAUUCCUUGACCCAAACACAUCCAUGUACCUUACAGAAGGUGUCAUCAACAAACCAGAGGCGGAGAUGUCACUACAAGAAUUGCAGCUCCAUUACUUCAAAAUGCAUGAUUAUGAUGGCAAUUACUUGCUUGAUGGCUUAGAACUCUCCACAGCCAUCACUCAUAUCCAGAAGGAGAAAGGGAGUGAACAGGCACCACUAAUGAGUGAAGAUGAACUGAUUAACAUAAGAGAUGGUGUUUUGAGAGAUGAUGACAAGAACAAUGAUGGAUACAUUGACUAUGCUGAAUUUGCAAAAUCACUGCAGUAGAUGUUAUUUGUCCAUUUCUUGGUUAUAUGCAAAUGUGACCUGUGAUAAUGUGAUUGAAUACUUUGAUAAUGCAAAAUAACUCAUUUCCAACUACUGCUGCAGCGUUUUGGUAAAAACCUGUAGCAGUUUGUUACACCGGGGUGAGAAGAGAUCAAGAGAAAUGAAAGAGAAGAGAAAUGGGACAUCUAAUAGUCCCUAACCACUAUUCAAUACAUUAUUGGACAAG